GAAAAGACGUGACCUACGCCUGGGUGCCCGUCCUGAUAGCUGCUGUCUUCUCGUACUUCAUUGCCCAUUGCUUCAUAUCCGUGUAUGAGAUGACCAUAGACACAUUGUUUUUGUGCUUCUGCGAGGACUGCGAACGCAACGACGGAAUUGAGAAACCGUACUAUAUGAGCAAGGGACUAAUGCAAUUCGUGGAAAACAGCAAGAAAGCCCUUGCAGCACUGGAAGCGAAUCAGCCACAAGGAAAGGCUUGGACCACGAAUGUACAACCGCAAAAUGGAAUCACUUCGACGCACUAUCCUGUCGCAGCACCUCUGCCCGAGCACGCCCACGGAGGAAUGGCCGCCCUCCCUCCCUCUUAUCCCCCGAACUCCAUCCCCCCCUCCCCCAGUCGCUUUAUCACACCGGCUGGAUAAUUGAAAUCACCAUCAUGCACGCUAAAGUAAUGGAAAAGGCACACUGCAUGAUAUCGAUCUUGAAGGAUUCAAUAUUACAUACAUCCCCUCGUGAUGUUAAUGUUGAUAAAGCACGAGAAAUCUCUACACCAGAAUAUUUGGCAUCGGAAGAUUGCGUAAAAUCUAAAUAUUCGAAAUAUGUCUGUUAUAUGAUCCCGAUUUUUGUAUCAAAGUAUUCAAUUUACUCAGGAAAAAGAAAAGAAAAUAUAAGGCCAUUUUUGUAACAUCCCGAAAUUACUAACACUUUGAUUCAUUAUUUGAUGUUGUUUCGAGGUCGUUACAAAACUUUAUUAGAAGACCAUUAAACUAUUUACUGUGCUGGUAUGCUUUUAAAUGAAAAGUAAAACAGUAUGGAAGCUUCAAGUGAAAUGGAAAAAUUCAUGACUAUUUGGUGACUUACAAACUUACGCACCACUCUUCGCUUCCCAAAGCUCUGGAAACUUGUGAAUGUAUUUCUCAGAAUCAGAUUUUAAGAAUGUCAUAUGGAAAGUGAAAGUAGUUUGAUUAAAGUAUUGCAUCUAUCCACAAUGUUCGAACCUCACACAACUGGAAAAUGCCAAUGAUCACAGUUAUUAACUUGUCUUAGUGCCUGCAGUAUAUCAUUUGAUUCGUUCUCUUAUAUGUCUUUUAUAUCAAGAACUAAAUUAUAUGAUUCGUUAUUAAUGAAAAUAUAAAUCCCCGUCUGAUACGUAAGUGAAGUAUAUUUAAAAAGUAUCGCGUUCUUUUUGGCUCUAUCAAGGUAGAGGCAGAAAAAAAAAGGGGUUUCAACAGGUUCCAAUGAUAUACGCCUAAAGGGCAAACACGUUUGAUGUUGUAUCAAAGUGUAACAUAGUGAUAGGGGUUUCGGAGAUUCUACAAAAAAGGUCUUUAAGCUCACAAACUUUGUGCAAGUACAAUACUUUUUCAUUCCUGCUCACGAUAUAAUACGGCAUAUUGCUGAGGUGACUCCUGAUCUCUGUUCUCUUUUGCGUAUAUUAACUCUCACGUUUAUUGAUUUUAUAAGCGAAACUGCUUCCAUGAAACAUGCUCAGAACGAUUUGAUUUUGCCACUAUGCCUUUAAAUUUGCUUAAACUUAAACUGUGAACAACUGGAGAGAAAAAAGUUUCUUUGUUUACAGUACAAUUAGCCUAUACUUCUUAAGUGAGGGAGAGCACACGCGCACACACGCACACGCACGCACACACACGCGCACACACGCACACACACACACACACACACACACACCUACACACACAUACACACACACACACACACACAUGCAAACUAACACACUAAAAAUAGAUAAACAAAUAUACACAACAGCAGUAGCACCCGUCGCCAUCGACAUGAGUUUCACGGAGCAUGUUUUCUUCUUUUUUCAGUUUGAUCAUAGCAUGGAGAUGCAGAAUGGAUGCAUAUUUUUAAAAUUCAGUAUAGUAUUAAAAUUAUAUAUCAAGUGAAACUUUGAUUUAUGGACCGAUAAAGUAAUAUUUAUGGAGAAUUUAUGAAAUAGAGAACAAUAUGGUACAGCACUCCCGGUAUAUCUUUAGAAAAUGGUAAACAACUCAAAUGGAUGUACUGAGAGGGAAUAAAGGCAGUAUGGUAAAUUUA